GUUAUCGCCAAUAUUGUGUUGAGAGAAUAACCUAAUGCUAUUGUACGCAACUAGCUUGUUACUUCCUAAUAGUCAUCCCAGCGCUUUCUGAAGCAUCAAUUGCGACCAACAGCCGUGACCUAACACACUUCUUGCAGAGUCGCGUUGUACUACAUGCUGAUGAGCGGUGUUCCCUAGCCCCUGCCAUGAGCAGCCCUAGCAAUCUCGAAUAACAAUCUAGCCUUGUUGGCUGCUAGAAGCACCUCUGUAGGCAGCCAUAAUGGACCCUGGUGCUGGCGUAAGCACCCCUGGCAGCGCCAGCAAGGGCCGUGGCCGAAGAGCAGCUGGCCCUAGGGCCGCAGGUGCAGGGCGCGGAGCUGGCGGCAGGGGCGGUGGGGACCCUAGCCCCACCAAAACAGGCCCCCCUGGUGGCUCGGGUCCUAGCAAUGCAGCAGCUGCAGGCGCCUCUGGCGCAACGGCUGCUGCUUCGACCAACCUCGGCCCUGCAGGAGGGGGCGUGGUGAAGAAGCGGGGCCGCCCCGCAAAGACCAAGCAGGCGACCGAUGCGCAAGCAGGUGGUGACUCGGGAGCUGAGGAGCCGCCUGACACGAGUAUGCCGUACCGGGGCACGUUUACCAAGGACUUGUCACGGCUGAUGUACGGCUUCGGAGACUACGAGAACCCCAUCCAGGAGACCAUCAACGUUGUGGAGGACAUCCUGGUGGAGUAUGUUCGCGAGACCUGCUGCUCGGCGCUCAACGAGGCGGCCCGCAUCGGCAAGCUGGAGCGGGACAGGCACUCGGGGGCGCCCAAGCUGAAGGUGGACGAGAAGGACAUCCUCUUCCUGGUCCGCAAGGACCCCAAGAAGUACUCCCGCAUCCGGGAGCUGCUGGACAUGCAGAUCCUGAUCAAGGAGGCGCGCAAGACGUUGGAUGUGGACAAGAUCUCGGAGGGCGACAUGGAUGCGGGGGCGGCCGGUGG